CAUCAAAGAACUGUUUGUGUGCUUUCUCUCCCAGUUUUUCAUGAAUUUCCGCGUUAAAACAAUGCUAGACCACACGAAGAGGUCCCGCAAGUGGCUCAAUACGCUUCCCUGUGCAUCGACAACGUGGCGUAUCGAGAAAUAGUGACGGUAUUUGGGGCGGGUUUUAGUGUGAGGGAUUUGUGUGGCUGUGUUUAUCCCUGAAGUCCAAUUUCCGGGCCCCAAUUCGCGGGGGGCACAUCACCAUCUGGGUUAUUGCACUGGGUGCGAAGGCUGGUGGCACGCGCGCAAUCUGCGCUUGAGAUUAGGGAGCCGCGGAAGCUGCUGUUUGCAGAGCGAUAAUCCCCGGACGCUGCGCUGAAAAGAGCUGGCCAGAUAGGCUGCGGAACGUGGUGUUGGUCUCGCGUCCGAUCGGGUGCCAGAGCGAGGAAGGCGCUAGAACGGCUUGCCAGCAAAUCAUUUCCUCCUCGCCAGUCGUCGCUGAGCCGUUGCCAAGAGUGGUUGUGUCCGAGCGCCAGCGAUAGAGUGCAUCAGCCAAGAGAGAUUUGUGUGAAAUUGUGUGCAAUCCAGAAGAAGUGUGCCUCUAUAUAGAUGACGUGCCACGAGAAUGUCUGAGACGCUGAGGACUGAGUGGUGGUCGCAAGGUCCAGAGCAUCGCCAUGGCGCUGUUCAACAAGCUCUUCUCCAAGAGGAAGCACACUCCUGUGCCUCCGUCGCCGCGCAAUGUCAGCAGUGACUUUCCAUUUUCCACCGAUCAAGUUCGUGUACUGUUGUUCAGGGAGUGCGAAACGCCGCGACUCCUCUUCGACUCGGACUCCAUCCAGCAUGUGGAGCGACCUGUGCGCCAUGUCGGUCAUCCGAGUGCGGCGGCGGGAAGGAAGUGUGGAGCGCCGCCGAGUGGGAAUAUUGUGGAAAUCUCAGAUGGUAUCAUCUACAAGAAGAAAGAUCAGGGUAGCGAUUGCGGAAGUCUGGCAGAGAUGAUUUUCGGCACUGUGGCGAUGGCCUUUCGUGGGACAUCACUGAAAGUUCACUGGCUUCAGUCACCACCGCGAAUACUGUGUUCCCAAGUCUUCUUCACGCCACUCCAAGUCAACACCUUCCUCAGCACUGAUCACAGUGACUUGAGUUCAGGUGAUACGAGUUCUGUGAACUCUGUGUCGCUCUCCUUCUCGCUCUGUGUGGAGAAUAACACUGGUGAUACAUUCAAUCGAAUCUCACAUCCACUCGAUGUCCCAUCGUCUGCCACGGAAGAUGGUGGUCGUCUGAAUGGCACGUACAGCGCCUGUGAUUCCGGCUAUAGCGGCACAGAUCCGUGGAACACGUCAGUGUCCUCCUACUGUCCAAUGUCGUCCACACGGAGCAGUUUCGGUUCUGUGUACAGCGACCAGGAGGGCACGAGCUUGCGAAAGCUAAGCAUAGAUUCGUCGAUAGUUGACAGUGGGUACUCGAAUGGGGGCGGCAGGACGAGUGACGGGAGUCUCCAGAGGCGGAUUCUCAGGAAUAUUUCCACGUCGUUUGAGAAUCGGCAGUCAAUGAGUGACUUCAUUGGGUACAUCGAGGACAACUACCCAGCAAAUGUGGGAAUGGGAAGUGAGGGGAGUGUGUCGAGUAGAUUUAGGCGAAAUAGUGAGAUUAUGGAAAAUAGGAGUAAGCCAGAGAUGGUGAGGAGGAAGACAGCGAGUGGAGAUGGAAUUGCUGCCCAUAUUCCGCAUCAUUUGCAGCGUCAGAGUGCAAGGAAGGCCAGACUGGGACUCGCUGUUUGUAUCAAACUGAGCGAUGCCGUUGAGAAUGACAUGAAGACCUUCUGCUCUGAACACACCGUUCUGCUCGAGGCGAUGCUGUGUCGACUGAGAGCUGCUGCUGAGACAGCGUACAACAAUCGACAGAACUUCUUCCAAACAAUGUUCAGAGCUUGGCAUGCAACGAGUCAGUGGAUCACAGACCUCUUCACAGCUCCGCGUCUUAUGAAUCCUGUUUGGCUGACUCUGAGCAAUGGGAAUUCCAACAAACCGUCCAAACUGGCACACUUCUUCAUGGACGAGCUCUGCUCACUCCUCACAAGCGCCGAUACCAAAGAUACCAACUUCUUCAUCAGCACCCUUCUGACUGCCAUUCUGACUCACCACCUUGGCUGGGUGGGCACUGUAGCGCCCUUGUCGAUGCCGCUGGCCGCGGACGCGGAUGUGGUGCAGACGCAGGAGCGCGCCAAGAUGUCUGAGAUCUCGCGCAGGCACCCGUACAAUGCGCUGUGGGCGCAGCUGGGCGAUCUGUUUGGGGCCAUCGGGAGUCCGCCGAAGAUAUCCAAGACUGUUGUGAGCGGCAAUUGCUCGCAGAUGGUGGACAAGGUGCUGAACGUGCUGACAUAUUUCAUUCGCUGCGGCGAGAUUCAGCGUGAUAUGUGUGAGCCAACGAUGGUGAAGGACGCCGUGGAUGGUGUGAUGGAGAAUCUCGAGUGUCACACGGUGACGCUGGAGGAGUUGGACGAGGGGCGCGACGAGACGGCGUGGCGGCGCUUCGAGAUGCUGCGUGAGCUGAGCCGGAGCGAGAGUGUGCGGAGUGUGGUGGAGAACAAGCCGAAGGGCGGGAUGAGUCGGUCAAUGACGCACGUAAAGGAUCUCAGUGGAUUGCCGGGCGGUCCGGAGGCGGUUGGGGCGAUCAACAGCCACAAGAUGCAGGACAUUGAGCGGAAGAAUGUGAUGAAUGACAUACCCAAUGUGUUGGUGUACAGAGACUCGAGAUUCGUGCGGCAGGAGCUAAGGAUUGGCAAUCACCUAAUGGACACGGGAAUUGAGAUGAAUCCCAAGUUUAAGAAUGACGUGAGAUCGUAUCAAGUGAAGAGCAGUCGUGAUCCCAUCAAGUUCAUGAUCACGAGCGCGGAUAGUAAGGAGUUUAGUUUUAUGAGUGGCACAGAGGAGAAGCUGGCGCGUGUGGAUGAGAUUGAGGAGCAGCAGGAAGUGUCCAGUGUGGAGAGUGUGAGUUUGGGCGCAAUUCGAAAGACUAGCAUGAGUUUCGCGUCGUUUGGCGUGAGUGGAGCCACGGCAAUUGAGCAGGGAGUGGAAAUUGGCGAGGAUACCAUUGAGAAUCAUCAGCGAUGCUUCCGUGAGGAGACGGACAAGUCUCUGAAGACACUCACGAGCUGCAAGAGUUUAUCGGAUCUCAUCACGGAGAACAGUUUUGGGCAAUCGGGGAGGCUUCUGUGGGGCGUGGAGCCGGUCAAGGAGAAUCUGACCAUUGAGGAGAUUAAGCAUAGGGAAACAAGAGAAAAGCCUGAUGUUGUGUUCGUCCUGGGCGACAAUGAGGAACUCGUGGGACUGAAGCGUGGCAGCUCGUCAUCAUCAGUGGAUGGCAUGAAAGUGAAUGGAGACGCCGAACCGAGUGGCAAGAAGAAGGUCUGCAAUCACAAGUACAAGAAACAUUCCGGGGUGAAGUUCAAUUUCGAGCAGUACCCACAAAUUGCCAAGACGUACAUGAGGAACAAGAAUCUGGACAUCACUGAUGCCAAUUUCGAGAAGUUGCUGAAGAUGCGUGACGUGAAGCUGACCGCGUGCGAAGCGGGCACGAGCAGCAUGGGAAGCCUGACUGAGGAGGAGAAUGAAUGUGAGUGCUGUCUUGGCGGAAGCGGAACUUUUCUUCAGACACCUUCAAAUGCCUCCGAGUUGGAGUUUAGCAGUGAGGACAACAACUACAACACUCCACCGGCGUCGGAAGUGGCUUCGGGCAGCCGGAAGAGUAAGGACAAAGCUGAGAAUGGGGGUCUUGAGGAUGCCGUGAAGAUUGUGUCGAUUCCCAUGCCGCAGAGUGCAGAAUGUGAGAUGACGAAAAGUCUCGAGAGGAAGGCAAUGAGUAUCGCUCAGUCGGGAUUCGUCCCUUCGCUGAUGACGGGCAUUUCUGACCACUACAUCUCAGAUAUGGUACUUCAGGGCACUCUGGCGCCAGCGAAGGACUUCGAGGGCGCGCUCAAGACGGAUCUCACACUGGCCUCUCACUGCGCCACGCUGGAGCAAGUAGCUACGGAGAAUGUGGCCAUUGUGGCGAACACGGACAAGUGGGGUGUCUCCGUGCUGUCCUCCAAGAGUGCUCCUGGACUUCCGACAAUCGGCAGUGACCAUCCUGUCGUGAUGUCUCCACUCGUGGCGUCAAUGCUGGAGACCGUUCAAGCGAUGUGGCGUGCCGGAGCGUCUCCAUAUCAGUGCAUGUCAUUCAUGGAGUCGAAGUUGCAGGAGAUGUAUAUGCACAGCGAAACCCUGGCAGCUUUCCUCCUCGCCACGGACUUCUGUUCCAUGUCUUCUGUGACGAAGGCGCUCAAUCUCGCGGCUGACGAUGUGCCGCUGCUCAUGUCUGUGGCCACAGUGCACUCGCCGCAGGUGGCGAAGAAGUACGGAGUGAGUUUUCGAUAGUCUUCGAGAGGGAAACCGCUUAAAUACUCUUAAUUAUCUUAAAAUCUCAAAAGUGUCUUCUCACUGUGUGAAAGAAAUACCAUUAGCCUAUAUGCAAUGUGAUGUAUAUAAUUGUCUUAGAGAGAAAGAGAGAGAAAGAGAGAGAGAGAAAACUGUUAAUUGAGAAAGCAUUUAUCGCAACAGUGAGAUGGAAGAUUUAUCAGAUGAUAGCUACAAAGAGAUAUGAUUUUAUAUCCGCUAAAAGGCGCCAAAAUGAUGUAUGAUCUGAAUUUUUAUAUAUAUUCAUUUAGAGAGGAAAUGUUAAAGCUAAUUAUGACUAGGAUUUAAUGGCACAUUAUACCCUUUAUCACCAUUUCUAAUGUAGCUGCUAGGAAGCUCUCUCAUGAAUGAUUUUUUUAUGUAUCUAGCUAUAGACUAAUUAAGGAUCAUGUUAAUUGCAGAAUAGUGGGUGAAGCCCACAGAAUUUGAGGUAUAAAAAGAUUGUAAAGGAUAUUUUUAUAUGAAUGAAAAUUUUAGGCAUAGGUAAAAUGUUACAAUAAAGAUGAAUUGUUUUCGAAAGGAUA